AUGGCGGAGAUUGUUUUGAACCUAGUGAUCGACAAUUUGGUCCCUUUACUUAAAGAAGAGGUGAAUCUUUUGAAAGGUGUUCACAAAGAAUUUGAAAGCAUCAAAGUUGAAUUAGAGCUCAUGAAGCCUUAUCUGAAGGAUGCAGAUGAAAGGCUGGAAAGAGGAGAGAGCAAUGAUGGUGUAAAAGCUUUGGUGAAACAAGUAAGGAAAGUUUCUUACCGGAUAGAAGAUGUGGUUGAUGAAUACAUACUUCAAGUGCUGACACAACGCUCCGACCAGCGUCGUGAGUUCAUCGGUUGCCUUUACAAAGCUGCUCGAUCGAUCAUCAAAUGUAGACCAAGACACAAGAUAGCCUCUGAGAUUCAAGAGAUCAAAGCAACUAUUCGUGAGAUCCACCAACUACGCGAUAGAUACAAUUUACAAGUCAAAGAGGAAGGAUCAAGCAGCAAGACAUGGCAUGAUCCUCGAGUGUCUUUUCCUUUCCUUGACGAUGACGAAGUGGUGGGCAUCGAAUCUCAACGAGCUCAACUGAAAAGCUGGAUGGAAGAGGACGUAUCAUCAAAAAGGAGGGCAAUUUCAGUGGUCGGCGAGGGUGGACUUGGAAAGACCACUCUUGUGAAGAAAGUGUAUGAUGACCAAAUUGCAGCCAAGGAGUUCGCCUGCCAUGCUUGGAUCACUGUUUCUCAAUCACCACCCAACAGAAAGGAGCUAUUGAUGACUCUAAUGACGAAGUUCUACAAGACAAAUGAAGAGUCUCCUCCCAGUGAUUUGGAAACCACGGACGAGUCAUCACUCAUCGAGAAGCUAAGAGAAUAUUUACAAGACAAAAGGUGCGUGAUUGUUUUCGAUGAUGUGAGGAAAAUACAAUUCUGUUAUUUCAUAAGAUCAGUAUUACCCAAUAAUAAUAAGAAAGGAAAAGGAAGUCGGGUAAACAUCACUGCAAGAAACAAUGACGUGGCUACUUCUACCAAAGAAUCUAGUUUUGAUAUGAUUUAUAAACUCAAACGCUUGCCAGACGACAAAGCGUGGCAACUCUUCUGCAAAAGCGCAUUCCAAUCUGAUUGUCCUCGAGAGUUGGAGAAAGUGUGCCAUGAAAUUGUCAAAAAAUGUAAUGGAGUGCCACUUGCUAUUGUAACAAUAGGUCGUCUAUUGUCGAACAAAGAUAAGAUGGUAUCGGAGUUUCAAAGGCUUCACGAUAGAUUGGGUUCUGAGUUAAAAAGUAACCCCCACCUCGAAGAUGUCAAGAAAAUUAUUCUCUUAAGUUAUGUUGAUUUGCCAUACCACCUCAGAGCUUGUUUCUUGUAUUUUGGCAUAUUUCCAGAAGACUACCCCAUUAGAUGUGGAAGGCUAGUUCGAUUAUGGAUAGCAGAAGGUUUUGUAAAAGAAGAGAGUGGAAAAACAUUGGAAGAGAUUGCUGAAGAAUACUUGAAGGAGCUCAUCCAUAGAAGUUUGGUUCAAAUGGUGGUCCAAGAUCCAUUAGACUACAAAGUUCGUAAAAAAGUUGGACCAUGUAAAGUCCAUGAUAUAAUGCGUGAGAUCAUCCUCUCAAAAUACGAGGAUUUAGUACUUUUGGCAAACGACGACUCUAUUUCUGACGAUGGACAAUUUAGAUGCUUAUCCAUUCACAACAAAACAAAUGAUAAUGUUAUGAUCAAUAGGAUUACAAAGUCUAGAAUACGUUCCGGCAUCACUUUUAUGAGAGAUGAAUUGCCAGAGUCUUUCAUGGGCACAUUAAUGGCAAAUUUCAAGCUUUUGAAGGUUCUUCCGAAGUCCAUCGGCAAGCUACGCUACCUAUUGACAUUGGAUCUGAAACAAAGCCGUGUGGUUGUGCUACCUAUUGAGAUCAACAAGCUCCAUAAAUUACGGCAUCUUCUUGCGUCCAAUCGAUCACCUGAUGUGAUACGUUCUGAGUCUGGGGCGGUAAAGAUACAGGCCGAAGGUUUUGGUUGUUUAAAGGACUUGCAAGUGCUAAAGUCAGUGGAGGCAAAUGAUGAUGGAGGAAGCCUAGUUAAAGAGCUAAUAAAGCUACGGCAGUUGAGAAAAUUGGGUAUGAAGAAUCUGAAACGUGAAGACGGGAAGGAUCUGUGCAUUGCGGUUGAGAAUAUGAGCCACCUUCAAUCUUUAAGUGUAGAGGCAACUCUAUUUGGCAUUCUUGAUGUACAACAGAUUUCAUCUCCGCCAGAUUCUCUUCAACGUCUUUUCUUGAUUGGGCAUUUAGAGAAGUCCCCUGAUUGGAUUUCCAAACAUCAAAAUCUGAUCAGUAUACGUUUGGUAUACCCAAGACUGACAGAGGAUCCCCUAAAAUUCCUUCAAACUCUGCCCAGUUUACUAAAACUUGAGCUAGUUCGUGCAUAUGAUGGCAAGUUCUUGCAUUUUGAAGGAGGUUUUCAGAAACUUGAACGACUUUAUCUCUCACUCAUGCCUGAAUUAAUUUCCGUAAAAGCCGACACAGGAGCACCGCCUCUCUUGAAAUUUGCGAAUAUUUUGGAAUGCCCAAGACUGGAGGAGGUUGCCGAGAAAAUUGGUAAUAUUUUCAUCUUUUAG